AUGGCGCCGGUGGUCACCCACGAGUUCGUGGCCACAGUGGCCGACAGCAUCGCCUGCCGUGCCCACCCCGACGCCUGCCGCGCCCUGGCUCCCGAUGUCGAGUACAGGAUGCGAGAGGUGGUGCAGGACGCACUCAAGUUUGCCCGGCACUCCCGGCGCACCUACCUCACCACCCAGGACGUGAAUGCCGCCCUCAAGAUGCGCAACGCGGAGCCCCUGUAUGGCUUCAGCGGGCGGGACCCCGCCAAGUUCCUCCGCGCGGCAGGGCACCCCGACGUGUACUACGUGGAUGACCCCGACGUGUCGGUGGCCUCCAUGCUCGCCACCCCCCUGCCCCGGCCCCCCGUGGAGGUGGCGGUGGUGCCGCACUGGCUGGCCAUCGACGGGCGUCAGCCGGCCACGCCCGAGAACGCACCGCCCGCGGUGCCCGCACGCCGCGCCGCGCCUGCCAAGGCCGCGCCAGCUGCGGCGCAGGUUGGCGCCCCGCCAGCCGCCGCCCCCAACAAGGCCCUGCCGGCGGCCAGUUCUGGCGGCGAGGGGGCGACGCCCGCCGUUGCCGGGCCCCAGCCCGCCGGCGAGGAGGCGCUGGUGCGGGCGCCGCUGCGCCACGUGCUCACGCGAGAGCUGCAGGCUUACCUGGACCGCGUCGGCGCCUGGCUGCGCCACGGCUUGCUGGAGGGCGGGGGCGCGCUGGUGGCGCCCUCCCCCGCCGCCGCCGACUCGGCGGUGCUGGCCAGCCUGGCGGGCGACGCGGGGCUGCAACCGCUACUGCCCUACCUGUGGCACCUGAUCGGGGAGGAGGCUGGCGCGGACCUGCGCGAGCUGGCCCGCCUGCCACGCCUCAUGGCGGCGGCGGGGGCGCUGCUGUCAAACCCGGCGCUGGACUCCGGGGCGCUGCUGCACGAGGCGCUGCCGCCACUGCUGACCGCGCUGGUGGCACGCCGCCUGGGCCCGAAAGGAGGCGAGGCGCACUGGGGUGUGCGCCGCGCCGCGGCGCACGCGCUGGCCACGCUGUGCGCGCGCUACGCUCCGGCCCACGCCUCGCUCCUACCACGCGUGCAGCGCACGCUGGCGCGCCCGCUGGCAGACCCCAUCGCCGCGCCGCCCGAGGCGCUGCACGGCGCGGCGCUGGGCCUGGCCGCGCUGGGGCCGCGCAGCGUGCGCAGCGUGCUCACGCCGCUGGUGAUUCCCGUGCUGCGCCGCGUGGGGGGCGAGGCGGAGGAAGGGCGCGUGCGGGCCGCGCUGGCGGCGGCUCUGGGUGGCGUGCUGGCGCACGAGGCGGCGCUGGGCGGGGCCGAGGCGCGCGCGGGGGUGGCGGCGGCGAUCUCGGCGUAUCGACAGCGCGGCGGCAGGGCGGGGCCGCCUCGGCUACCUGACAGCAACCCGCUGGCCGAAGCGUGGCGAGAAGAUUUUGGGGCGGGGAAGCUGGCGGAGAUCGUGCUGGACCUGUUUGGGCAAGAUAUCGAGCCCUUCCUGCCCCCGGUCGAGGGGCGGGUGGGUGACGAAGGCGAGGGGCAAUGA